AUGUCAUCACGACGUGAAGAUGGACCGUCGGAGCAGAACGAUGAGCCACUUGGCCAGCAAUAUGAUGAGGAAGAGGAUGCUAUAGAUGAGUUAUUCAACAAUGAAAAUGAAGAUGUCGAAGACGAAGAAGGUGAAAACCUUUUCGGCGACGACAUGGAGAGGGAUUAUCGUCCUCAGCCGGAACUGGAUGUCUACUCUGAGUCCGGGCUAGAUGACGCUUCGGAGUUGGAUGAACUUUCCAUUGGGGCAAGGCAGGCUGCUGAAAGAGAAAUGGCUCAAAGAGAUCAAAUGCUCGAUGAGGAUGCCCUGUUCUACGAAGAGGGUGAUGAGGAACAGAGAAGGCGAAGAAGACGUCGUGGGGUACGUGAAGAAGGCGUCGAAGAAGUUGAGAUGGAAGAAGAAGUUCCCAUAGAUAUUCUAGAAAACUUGAGAGGUCGAUCGACUAAGGAUCACGUCUCGGAUGAGGCUGUGGCCAGAGAAAUCGAAAGACGGUUUAAAAACUUUCUUCGCGCAUUCAAGGAUCCGGAGACGAGGAAAGCAAAAUAUCUACAGGCUAUGAGCCAAAUGGCUUCUGAAAAUAAGGAAUCACUCGAAGUCGACUUUCGUGAUUUGGCUGAUGAGAAUGGGGAACCCAAUAUCUGCUAUUUUCUUCCAGAAGCCCCAGUGCAGGUGCUGAGAAUCUUGGAUAAAGCUGCUACGGAUGUUGUACUGACCAUCUAUCCUUAUUAUGGCCGUGUAUGCGCAGAAAUAAAGGUUCGAAUUUCUCAUUUGCCAGUGGAGGAAGACAUCCGUAUGCUUCGUCAAAUUCACUUAAACAUGCUCAUUAAAACAAGUGGUGUAGUAACCGUUGCUACAGGCAUCCUUCCUCAGUUGUCCGUUGUGAAAUACGACUGUGUUGCUUGUGGUUACAUCCUUGGUCCUUUUGUGCAACGUGAAGAUGAGGAAGUUAAGCCGACUAUUUGCCCAUCAUGUCAAGGAAGGGGCCCAUUUGAGCUGAAUGUUGAGAACACCGUUUACCACAACUACCAACGCAUCACAAUCCAAGAAUCUCCUAACAAAGUUGCACCUGGCCGUCUUCCUCGCUCAAAAGACUGUAUUCUUCUCGGUGAUCUCUGCGAUUCGUGCAAACCUGGCGAUGAAAUCGAAGUAACUGGAGUCUAUUCAAACAAUUUUGAUGGUGCAUUGAAUUACAAACAAGGAUUCCCUGUUUUCAACACACUGAUUCAUGCUAAUCACAUUACUAAUAAGGACAAAAUCGCUUGCAGUCAGUUAACGGAUGAAGACGUGAAGGCUAUUCGUGAACUGUCGAAGGAUCCCCAUAUCGCGGAGCGAAUUUUCGCCUCUAUCGCUCCUUCAAUUUACGGUCACGAAUACGUAAAACAAGCUAUUGCGUUGGCGCUGUUUCGAGGAGAAGCAAAGAAUCCAGGAGAAAAACACAGAUUGAGAGGUGAUAUCAAUGUGCUACUCUGCGGAGAUCCAGGUACUGCCAAAUCUCAGUUCCUUCGUUUCGCAGCCCACACAGCACCGAGAGCUGUGCUUACCACUGGACAAGGUGCUUCUGCCGUAGGACUUACAGCCUACGUGCAACGACAUCCUGUUACCAGAGAAUGGACGUUGGAAGCUGGCGCAAUGGUCCUCGCCGACAAAGGCGUUUGCCUCAUAGACGAGUUCGACAAGAUGUCUGACCAAGAUCGUACGUCGAUCCACGAAGCCAUGGAGCAACAGUCGAUAUCUAUCUCGAAAGCUGGUAUUGUGACAUCUCUGCACGCAAGAUGCACUGUUAUUGCUGCAGCGAAUCCAAUUGGAGGGCGAUACAACCCGUCGCGUACUUUUGCGGAGAAUGUGGACCUCACGGAGCCGAUUCUGUCGCGAUUUGACGUCUUGUGUGUAAUUAGAGACACAGUCGAUCCGGUGGAAGAUGAGAGAUUAGCUAAAUUUGUGGUAGGUAACCACAUCAAACUACAUCCAAGCCGACAAUUUGACACUGAGGAAGAAAACGAAGAAGAGAACGAAGUAGAUGCUAGAACUGGGGUAGCACUUGUGCCGCAGGAUUUGCUCAGGAAGUAUAUUCUAUUCGCGAGAGAGAACUGUCACCCAAGUCUACACGAAAAGCAUUCGGAGAAAUUGGCGACCGUGUUUGCGCAAAUGAGGAAGCAAAGCAUGGCUACUGGUUCGGUUGCUAUUACCGUACGUCAUGUGGAGUCAAUGAUUCGUCUUGCUGAGGCUCAUGCAAAGGUGCAUCUAAGAACGUUCGUUAAUGACGAUGAUGUGCAGGCAGCAACUCGAAUUAUGUUGGAAAGCUUCAUAAACACCCAAAAAGCGUCCAUUAUGCGCCAAAUGCGAAAGACAUUCUCCAAAUAUUUGACGGCAAAUCGAUCCUCGAGCGAAUUGCUACUGUUCAUACUUAAACAGCUUAUAAAAGAACAGAUGCAUUAUGAGACAGCGCGUGGAAAAGGUGGAGCCGAUAUCUCGUCAAUCUCUGUCGCCGAAUCGGACUUCAUUGACAAGGCACAGCAACUGAGGAUUGAGAACGUGAAACCAUUCUACUCGUCUGAUCUCUUCAACGCUAACCACUUUUCAUAUGAUGCUAGCCUUAAACAAAUUACGCAAACAAUCUUCUAA